AUGACCGAAAACCAGACAGAGGCUCAGCCCUCCAUACCCGCCAAAUCUCCCAUUGAGCGAAAGCCCGUGGGAGGCAACCCACUCAUAGAUCCCUCCGUCGAACGAACCCCGACUCUUCCUGCUCGACCUACCCAAGACGCAGACAAAAAGGAGUCCGAAGCUCCUACUUGCGACACUUGCGAAGUGCCUCAGAAGAAGUCUACCUCUACCAGGAGCAAGUCUCCGCCAUCCCCGAUCAAAAUCGAUAAAACACAACCCGAAGACUUUGAGGGCGAACUUGCGACAAACAACGAUCUUCCCUCCCCCGAGACUCUUAAGAAGAUUGAGAGAUACAUCGUUCUUGACCGACAUGGAAAAUCACACCCGUUCAAGACUCUUUACAGUGGAAGCAACGUCGCACGACGUGUGCUCAUCAUCUUUGUCAGGCACUUUUUCUGUGGUAACUGCCAGGAAUUCCUCCGAUCUCUAUCCGAAGCCGUAACCCCCGAAGCUCUACUGCGAUUGCCAGUCAGCACUUUCAUCGCCGUCAUUGGAUGUGGUGACCCUGCUCUCAUCGACAUGUAUGUCAACGAGACAGGAUGCCGCUUCCCCGUAUACACCGACCCGACGAGGUCAAUCUUCGACCGCCUCGGCAUGUCAAAAACGUUGCAAAUGGGUGCCAAGCCUGCAUACAUGCGCCGAAGCAUGGCCCACAGCAUUGUAGGCAGCAUAAUCCAGGGCGUCAAGCAGAUCCCUAGCGGAAAUGUUCUCAAGAUGGGCGACCAGCGCCAAGUAGGUGGCGAAUUCCUUUUUGAGCCGCGAGACAUCCUCACGCCUGUCACGACUCCGCGAAACGAAAAGGCGCAGCCUAUCAGCGCAUUCGAGGAGGCAGAGGAACGAGUGCCAGGAUCUGAAGAUUACGGGAAUGAAGAGAAGAGGGUGACGUGGUGUCAUCGCAUGAAGACGACGCGCGACCACGCUGAGAUCCCUGAGCUUAUCGAGGUGCUGGGACUGGACCAGACCGUCACUGCUGGACGAGAUUCGCACCGCGGUUCAGUAACUUCGGCUCGAAAGGGCAAGGGGCGUAGUAUGGCACAGGAGAUCAGGAAGCUGAGCGUCGAAAGAUCUAGGAUGUCUGACGAGACGUGA